GUAAUAGACCAUUGCUUUACCUUUGGCUUUCAGGAGGCAGUACUCCUGAAUAAAAAUUGCGACCGAUAAUUUGUACGGAGUUACUGUCCCCCGGGUACAUUUUGCAGAAACUGAAAAAAGCGGCACGUAAGUUUUUGAACUCGCUGCCAUUCGAACCCGCUCAUUUGUUGUUUAUGACUAGAUUGCCAAAUAUGAUUUAACUACUUAAAACGCGUAUAGGAAAACAAAUGAACCUACUGCCAUUCAACAACAUGGAUAAGCUGUUAUUGAAUACAGCUGAAUAUAUCUUCGAAAAUAACACAAUGAAACCACUGUUUUCUAUUUAAAGAUUAGAUUUAACAUAUUCCAGCAGUGUAAUUUAUGAUACGGAAAUGUAAACAUCAUGUAAUGUUGGCUACAUUGGUAGAGCUGGAUAAAUGGACGGCUGUAUUUGUGCUAUGAAUUGACGUUGUUAUUGGUGUAAUUUUUAUCGUAUAUUUUGUGGUUUAGUUGAAAACUUGGAUGAAUUAAAGGUUUUUGAUUGAUCACCUAUAACAUCAAAAGGACGGCUGUAAUCGUGCUGUGAAUUGACGUUGUUAUUGGUGUCAUUUUUAUUGUAUAUUUCGUGGUUUAGUUGAAAACUUGGAUGAAUUAAAGGUUUUUGAUUGAUCACCUGUAACAUCGAAAUGCCGGAAAGUGAGUAUGGACCCGGGUCGAACGCGGACGCGAGGGAAGAGCCCCCGUCCGUGCGGCUGACCAACGACGACUUCAGGAAGCUGCUGAUGACCCCGAGGUCGUCUGUGCCGUCGACGCUGCCGACGGCCCCGGUCCGCGACGCGGCCCCGACGACCCCCGUCGCGGAGAGCGACGACCGCGCCGAGCGGCGCCGCAAGAAGAAGAGCUUCUACGCCAAGCUCAAGAAGCAGGAGGAGGACAAGAUGGCGGAGCUGGCGAAGAAGUACCGGGACCGCGCCGGGGAGAGGCGGGACGGGGCCAACCCGGACUACCAGGCGGAGGACCCCUUGUCCGCGGCCAGCGGCUACCGCGCCGUCGCCCCGGACCUCAAGUCCGGCAUGGACGCCGCGGAGAGGCGCCGCCAGAUGAUCCAGGAGUCCAAGUUCUUGGGCGGAGACAUGGAGCACACCCACUUGGUCAAGGGCCUCGACUACGCCCUGCUGCAGAAGGUCCGGAGCGAGAUCCAGGUGAAGGAGCUGGAGGAGGAGGAAGAGAUGGAGAAGCUCGUCAAGACCAAGAAGGAGAAGAAGGACGAGGAGGACGAGAUGCAGUUCAAGACGAAGACGGGGCGCAGCGUGUACCGGGCGGUGUUCCGGACCAAGCCGAUCGAGAAGAACGAGCUGUUCGCCCCGGGCAGGAUGGCGUACGUGGUGGACCUGGACGACGAGCUGGCGGACAGCGACAUCCCGACGACGCUCAUCAGGAGCCGGGCGGACGUGCCCAGCCUGGAGGCCACGGCCACGCUCACCACCAACGACAUCGUCAUCAACAAGCUGGCCCAGAUCCUGUCGUACCUGCGGCAGGGCGGGCGCCACGGCAAGAGGGGCAGGCGCAAGGAGAAGGGCAAGCCGGACGCCAAGGGCAACAAGGUCACGGACGAGAGCAUCUACGGGGAGAUCGGGGACUACACCCCGUCCAUGUCGCGGCAGGAGGGCCCCGAGAAGGAGAAGAGGCGGCCGUACUUCGAGAAGCCGGAGGAGGAGGCGACGUGGCCCGGCUCCAAGCCCAAGUCGCAGGACUCGCGCAAGGCGGAGCAGCCCGACAAGCCGCCCGAGAGGAAGUCCCUGGGCCUGGGCCAGAGCAGGGCCCAGCAGCUGCUGACGCGGCUGGCUGCGGAGCCGGAGGGCUACGCCGAGUGCUACCCGGGCCUGGAGGAGAUGCAGGACGCCAUAGAGGACAGCGACGACGAGGUGGACUACACCAAGAUGGACCUGGGCAACAAGAAGGGGCCGAUCGGGCGGUGGGACUUCGACACCCAGGAGGAGUACAGCGACUACAUGAACAACAAGGAGGCCCUGCCCAAGGCCGCCUUCCAGUACGGCGUGAAGAUGGCGGACGGCCGCCGCACCAGGAAGUACCACAAGGAGAAGAACGAGAAGGCGGAGCUCGACCGGGAGUGGCAGAAGAUCCAGAACAUCAUUCAGAAGAGGAAGGCCCCAGAGUCGAUGAAUGAUCUGGAAUUUAAAAAGCCCAAGUAUUAGGUUGACACUUAAUGUUAAAUUCUUCUGUGGUGUAGCCUACAGCAAUGAAAUUAAAGAAUAUUGAAUUAA